AUGGAACCUACAAAGGACUCCGCAAUCACCCAAGAAAACUUCAAAAAAAUACACAAAGAGGCAAUUAAAGAAAUAACUCGAUAUACCAAAAAACAAAAGGCAGCUCUCUCGGAAGAAGUCACUUUUUACCGAACGGUCGAUUCCCAAUUCGCCAACCAAUUAGAUGGGUUAUCUGAGAGAAUCAAAACAAAAUUAAACCAAAUGAUCGCGAAUUUCGAUCUUAACGGCUCUGAAAGAUACGAAGGUGCUACUGAGGCUUUUGAUGCUGAUACAUGGUACUCAGAUAUAAUCAAAAUGAACGACGUCUUAAUGAAAAAAGCGGUCAAGGAAGUCAGCGGUCGUCGUAAUAAACUUGCAGCUUUUCCUUCUCUAAUUCCGACCCAACAACCACUUCCUAAACAAUUAACUCCUAUAGCUGGAAAAGUACAUAAAAGGGUUAGGUCAGGUGAAGUUAACGGCGGACAUUCAAGAUUUAUUGGUCGUCCACAAACAAAGUUUGAAGAUAAGAUUGAUAAUUCUGGAGCUCCAUUUGUCCCAAAACUUCCGGAUAAACCUAAUUCACGAGUACCACUAGAUAUAGAAGGAAUAAAAGAUGGAAAAUGUAAUCCUCAUCCAUAUCAUUAUGAAAUAACGAAUAUUACAUAUCCAAGUCAGAUUUUUGAAUAUAAGGAACCUAUCGAAUAUCUUCCCAUCCAAUCAACUUCAUUUACUUGGGUUGAUAAAUUGGAUGAAUUGUUAGAUAUGUGUAGGAAACUCGAAAAUUCUCAAGAAAUUGCAGUUGAUCUUGAACAUCACAGUUAUCGAUCUUAUCUUGGUUUUACCUGCCUUUUACAAAUAAGCACGCGCGAAGAAGACUUUGUUGUAGAUGUUUUGGAAUUAAGAAGUCGUCUUCAUUUACUUAAUAAGUCUUUCACAAAUCCUAAUAUCUUAAAGGUUUUACAUGGGGCAGAUUAUGAUAUUAUUUGGUUACAAAAAGAUUUUGGUGUUUAUGUUGUCAAUUUGUUUGAUACAGGUGUUGCAUCUCACGUUUUGGAAAUGCCUCAACAUUCGUUAGCUUAUUUGUUAAAACAUUAUUGUAAUGUGGUUGCGGAUAAAAAAUAUCAACUGGCGGACUGGCGGUUGAGGCCUCUAACAGAAGAAAUGUUAAAUUAUGCGCGCGCUGAUACACAUUAUUUGUUAUAUAUCUAUGAUCUUAUGCGUAAUGAACUAAUAACGAGUUCCUCCGAUCAACUAACAUUAGAUCGUUUAAAAGAAACUUUUGAUCGUUCAGCUCAGGUUUCACUUAGAGUCCAUGCGACUUUCCGUUAUAAUAAAAGUGGAGAAGGGCCAGGAGGGUAUAAGAAGUUGUUGGCAAAAUGGAAUGCAUCUUUUAAUGAAAAACAGGCUCUUCAUGAAUGGCGAGAUUGUAUUGCAAGAUUGAAGGACGAGGGGAUAGUUUACGUGUUACCAAAUAAGAUGCUCUCUCUUCUCGCCGAGAAAAUGCCAGAAAAUCUGGAUGAAAUUGGAGAAUGUCUAGGUUAUAUUCCCCCUCUCGUUCGAGCGAAUGUAUUUGACGUAAUUAUGCAAAUUGUAAAUGCUAAAAGUAAAACAUCACAAGCAUCAACAUCAACGUUAAAUAAUCCUACCACUCAAUAUAAAGUUGUGUAUAAUAAAGAAAGUUUAAAUCAAAUGGAGGUGUUUGAAUCCGAAAAAAUUUCGGCAUCGAUAUUAAAUAAUACCAUUACUAGGGAUAAUGUUGUAUAUAAUAAAGAAAGUCAAAGUUCAAAUCAAAUGGAGGGAAUUGAACCCACAGGAGGAUUGAUUUUGGAUGUGCCAGGGUUGAAAUACCGAGGAAGUGAUUUUAGUAAAAAUGAAUCCCUAUUAUUUGGUGACACUCUUAAUAAUGAAACCAAAAUAAGGGACGAAGUGAAAGGGCGUGUCGCGGAAAUAGUGUCUAGUUUUAAAUCCUUUGUACCAGUACUUCCUAGAUUAAUAACGACCAAAACUUCAGUAAAACGUCCCUUCGAGGACGAAGAUGUUGCCGACAAAAAAGAUCGACGAAACCGUUUACGAAAAGAAGAAAGUAUCGAUUCAAAAAAUACUGAAAUUAAGGAGGAGAAAAUCAAAGAAGAAACGAUUGGCACCACAUCAGCAAUAACCAAUCAAGAUAUAUCAACCACCACCCAAAAAGACACAUCAACCACUAGCCAACAAUAUAAUUCUACCUUUAGUCAAUAUGAAAAAAAUUGGCUCCGGUGUUGUAUGGUUAUGUAA